AUGCUGAGUUUCCUGAAGUCUUACACAGAGAUGGAAGUCAUCAUGGCGGCAGCAGGCGGCUCGAUGCUGAGUUUCCUGAAGUCUUACACAGAGAUGGAAGUCAUCAUGGCGGCAGCAGGCGGUUCGAUGCUGAGUUUCCUGAAGUCCCACACAGAGAUGGAAGUCAUCAUGUCGGGAGGACCGGGCGAGGAAAAGGGCGGAUGGCGAGAAGAAGCGAGGUGCAAACCCGAAACCGACUGAGAAAUGCAAGCAGAGUACUUUCUCCUUUGAGUCAAGUACAGGAGAGAAAAAUGCAUGUUACGCACCUGAAGACAGAUAAUGAACUUGAAAUUGAUCCUGACAAAAGUGAGGAGAAAGAACCUGCGUCAUCAGGUGAGGUGACGGCUUCCGGGCCUCAACCCAAUGAUCAGGAAAAUGCCAGAGAUGAUUCUGGCCCAGUGGGAGUACGAUUCGUGGAGAAAGUGGAUCCAUGCCUUUUGGCCGAUCCAUUGUGGUAUCAGGCUGGGUAAAGGAGUUGGGUUCUGUCAAUUUGGUCAGAGUUUCCAGAGGUGGAGCGCCCUCUCCCUGGUCAGAGGGAGAGGGCGCGGCACCUUUCAAGUCUCGGGACGAAAGUGGUCCCCUGCUUUGCUCUCUGGAGCAGAGCGCCACUGAAAGGAGUGAUAACUGGGGUGGGGUUAAGGUGGAUCAACUGAAGUUGGGGAUUCCCGGUGUCUGUGAUACACGCCGUUUGGUGCCACGCAGACCCGAGCCUGAAGAGACCCUGUCUGUCCUUAGAGUGUUUGUGGGAUAAUGUCAUGCUAGCGUAAAUAAGCUAUCCCAUGAGAGCUUUUGUUCCGAACCCACUACGGUGUUUCAGGUGCCAAGUUUAUUUGUUAUGUUGCAGCAGUAUGUAGGAGGGAUAUUCCGAGGUGUGAGAAGUGUGCAGGAGGGCAUGAAGACAAAAGAGUGUGUAGUUUCUGGGGGAAAAGUGGAGUGUUUCAAUUGUGGGGGUGGCCAUGUUGCUGGGGAUCAGAAAUGUCCUGUGCGAGUGAGACAGGUUGAAGUUUCCAGGGUGAGAGCAGUGCAGGAAGUGCAGAGGCAAUGAGGAAAGUAGAGAAUGUUGGGUAAAGGGUGAGGGAGCCAGAGAGGAUCCCUGUCAGUAGUAUGCCAGUACAGAGUGACCUGAACAGUUUGUGCUUUAGUAAGGUUGGCUUCUAGGCGUUCGUACCGCACAGAUGGAAAGGAAAUCCCAGAAGAUUGAAUUGGUAAGAGCAGCAGCAGAGACAUUUUGGGGUAUCAGAGAUUUUAGUGCAGAAGAACUACAGGGGGUUUUGAGAGAAGGGGUUCCAGCCUCCCAGGCCAACGACCUGAAUUCUUCGGGGUAUGGAUUCUACAAGGGGUCGGAAACGUUUGCUGCUCAGUUGGUAUCAAGGGACCUAAUGUGUGCCAGGAAAACAUUCCCCACACCAUUACACCACCGCCACCAGCCUUUACCGUUAACACCAGGCAGGAUGGGGCCAUUGACUGAUGCUGCUUAUGCAAAGUCCUGAAUCUGCAUGACGCAAUAGGAACUGGGAUUCGUCAGACCAGGCAAUGUUUUUCCACUCCUCAAUUGUCCAGUGUUGGUGAUCUCAUGCCCACUGGAGCCGCUUCUUCUUGUUUUUAGCUGAUAGGAGUGGAACCCAGUGUGGUUGUCUGCUGCAGUAGCCCAUCCGUGACAAGGACCGAUGAGUUGCGCGUUACGAGAUGCCGUUCCGCAAACCACUGUUGUACUGUGCCGUUAUUUGUCUGUUUGUUGCCCGUCUGUUAGCUUGCACCAUUCUUGUCAUCUCCUUCGACCUCUCUCCUCCAACGAUAUGUUUUCACCCACACGACUGCUGUUGACUGGAUGUUUGUCGCAUCAUUCUCUGUAAAUCAUAGACAGAGAAAAACCCAGAAGGAUUACCGUUUCUGAGAUGCUGGAUCCGGUGCGCCUGGUACCGACGACCAUACCACGCUGAAAGUCGCUUAGGUCACUCGUUUUGCCCAUUCUAGCGUCCAUCGAACAGUAACUGAAUGCAGCGAUGCCUGUCUGCCUGCUUUAUAUAACAAGCCACGGACACGUGACUCUGUCUGUAGGAGCAAACUAUUUUCAUGAACAGGGUGGAACACUAUAUGAGGGUGUAUAUCAGUGGAACACCGCAAUAGCUAUAUACAGGGAGUACCAGUACCAUAUCAAUGUGUAGGGGUAACAGCUAUAUACAGGGAGAACCAGUACCAGAUCAAUGUGUAGGGGCAAUAGUUAUAUACAGGGAGUACCAGUACCAGAUCAAAUCAAAUCAAAUGUUAUUGGCCACAUGCGCCGAAUACAACACGGCUAGGGAUGCCGUCUGGGCCGGCAGCCUUGCGGGGGUUAACAUGCUUAAAUGUCUUAAUCACGUCGGCCAUGGAGAAGGAGAGGCCACAGUCCUUGGUAGUGGGCCUCGUCUGUGGCAAUGUGUUAUCCUCAAAGCGGUCGAAGAAGGUGUUUAGAUUGUCUGGAAGCGAGACAUCGGUAUUGGCGACGUGGCUGGUUUUCCUAAUAGUUAUAUACAGGGAGUACCAGUACCAGAUCAAUGUGUAGGGGUAACAGUUAUAUACAGGGAGUACCAGUACCAGAUCAAUGUGUAGGGGUAAUAGUUAUAUACAGGGAGUACCAGUACCAGAUCAAUGUGUAGGGGUAAUAGUUAUAUACAGGGAGAACCAGUACCAGAUCAAUGUGUAGGGGUAAUAGUUAUAUACAGGGAGUACCAGUACCAGAUCAAUGUGUAGGGGUAAUAGUUAUAUACAGGGAGUACCAGUACCAGAUCAAUGUGUAGGGGUAAUAGUUAUAUACAGGGAGAACCAGUACCAGAUCAAUGUGUAGGGGUAACAGUUAUAUACAGGGAGUACCAGUACCAGAUCAAUGUGUAGGGGUAAUAGUUAUAUACAGGGAGUACCAGUACCAGAUCAAUGUGUAGGGGUAAUAGUUAUAUACAGGGAGUACCAGUACCAGAUCAAUGUGUAGGGGUAAUAGUUAUAUACAGGGAGUACCAGUACCAGAUCAAUGUGUAGGGGUAAUAGUUAUAUACAGGGAGUACCAGUACCAGAUCAAUGUGUAGGGGUAAUAGUUAUAUACAGGGAGUACCAGUACCAGAUCAAUGUGUAGGGGUAAUAGUUAUAUACAGGGAGUACCAGUACCAGAUCAAUGUGUAGGGGUAAUAGUUAUAUACAGGGAGUACCAGUACCAGUACUAGAUGGCGGUGCAAUUUCCUUUUUCCCUAUUUAUUUAUUUUUACAAAUGUCCAAUGCACUUUCCAAACUGUGAAAGGCAGCAAUACGCAACAACGCAUCUAGUCUGCAGGAAAACCACACGAAGAAGAAGAAGAAGAAGAAGAAGAAGAAGAAGAAGAAGAAGAAGAAGAAGAAGAAGAAGAAGAAGAAGAAGAAGAAGAAGAAGAAGAAGAAGAAGAAGAAGACAUGUUUUGUACUGACUAGGGUCAGUGACAGUGUCUUGUGAAAGAGUCACAUAUGGCCUUGUUUCAGUUGAGUACAGUUGACUAAAUCAGUCAGUGGUUCCCAAUUCUCUCCUCAGAGACCCUCAGCUGUUCCAGAAGUAGCUCACUUGAUUGAUCUUAACUCCUAACCCUAACCCCUAGCCUAGCUAACAUUAACCACCUAGCUAAUAUUAGCAUUAGCACCUAGCUAACAUUAGCCCCAUCAAAUUGUAAUUCGUAACAUAUCAUACGAAAUGGAUGAUGGACAUCCACAAAUGAAUAUAUACCAUGCUAAACUAAACAUAUCGUAUUAUGUUACGUCUACCCCUGAGUCCAGGUUGCAGCUAUCUCAAGUUUAGUAGACUACAAUAUCUCACACAGGGAUGUUCUUGACUGAAUCAAAGGGAAUGAGGUGGAAGGAACCAUAGAUAUAGAACCCAUUAUAUUGAACCAUAGAUAAAGAACCCAUAUAUUGAACCAUAGAUAUAGAACCCAUAUAUUGAACCAUAGAUAAAGAACCCAUAUAUUGAACCAUAGAUAUAGAACCCAUAUAUUGAACCAUAGAUAUAGAACCCAUAUAUUGAAACAUAGAUAUAGAACCCUUAUAUUGAAACAUAGAUAUAGAACCCAUAUAUUGAACCAUAGAUAUAGAACCCAUAUAUUGAAACAUAGAUAUAGAACCCAUAUAUUGAAACAUAGAUAUAGAACCCAUAUAUUGAAACAUAGAUAUAGAACCCAUAUAUUGAAACAUAGAUAUAGAACCCAUAUAUUGAAACAUAGAUAUAGAACCCAUAUAUUGAAACAUAGAUAUAGAACCCAUAUAUUGAAACAUAGAUAUAGAAACCCAUUAUAUUGAAACAUAGAUAUAGAACCCAUAUAUUGAAACAUAGAUAUAGAACCCAUAUAUUGAAACAUAGAUAUAGAACCCAUAUAUUGAAACAUAGAUAUAGAACCCAUAUAUUGAAACAUAGAUUUAGAACCCAUAUAUUGAAACAUAGAUAUAGAACCCAUAUAUUGAAACAUAGAUAUAGAACACAUAUAUUGAAACAUAGAUAUAUAACCCUUAUAUUGAAACAUAGAUAUAGAACCCUUAUAUUGAAACAUAGAUAUAGAACCCAUAUAUUGAACCAUAGAUAUAGAACCCAUAUAUUGAAACAUAGAUAUAGAACCCAUAUAUUGAAACAUAGAUAUAUAACACAUAUAUUGAAACAUAGAUAUAGAACCCAUAUAUUGAACCAUAGAUAUAGAACCCAUAUAUUGAAACAUAGAUAUAGAACCCUUAUAUUGAAACAUAGAUAUAGAACCCAUAUAUUGAAACAUAGAUAUAGAACUGAUGUGGUCUGUGGAAGGAACAGUCACGGUAUUACAUAGGCCUGACUCCCUGACAACAUACAACUAUGGAACAGUUUACAUAAUUAACCAGCUGGUACUGUAAGUUUAUCCAAGUUUUGUCUUAUGUAUUCAACUGUUGUCUCAGCUAUCCUGGAAUGAUAGCUUUGUAAUGAACCCAUAUAUUCCUGAGUGGCGCAGUGGUCUAAGGCACUGCAUCGCAGUGCUAACUGUGCCACUAGAGAUCCUGGUUUGAAUCCAGGCUCUGUCGCAGCCGGCCGCGACCGGGAGACUAAUGGGCGGCGCACAAUUGCUCCAGGGUAGGGGAGGGAAUGGCCGGCAGGGAUGUAGCUCAGUUGAUAGAGCAUGGCGUUUGCAACGCCAGGGUUGUGGGUUCGUUUCCCACGGGGGGCCAGUAUAAAAAAUAAAUAAAAAUAUAUAAAAAUAUAUAAAAUAUGUACUCACUAACUGUAAGUCGCUCUGGAUAAGAGCGUCUGCUAAAAUGACUAAAAUGUAAAUGUCAAUAUAAUGAAGCCUAAACUGUUAACAAGUAAAAACAUUGGAGGAUGUGUGUAGAGCCGAAGCUCACUUCUCAUGUGAAGGAGAUCAUCUCUCCAAUCUGCAUUUCCAGUUGCUUAGUAACCAACCCUGUUGAUGUAGAAAUGGCAGUUAUGUUGUAAUCCUGUCACGAGAAUUUUGUUAUCUCAAUGGUUGAAGUCAACUACUUCUUAAAUCUUUGAAUAAUUCCCAGAGGUGUACAUUUCUAGUUUGAAUAAUGAAUUAAACAAAGACCCCUUUCUGCAAUGGUCAGCCUUUAUUCAUGAGAGCGCUCUGCCACAAAAUGGACGUACAAUCUUUUUAUACACACACGUCAGAGGAAAAAUCCCACCCCGCUUUAGGCUGUAUUUUUCCACUUGUAAGCUCACACCUGGGUUUAGCUCAUGUGGUUAUCCUCUGCUCUCCUGACCAUCAGGUCACACACACACACACACACACACACACACACACACACACACACACACACACACACACACACACACACACAACACACACACACACACACACACACACACACACACACACACACACACACACACACACACACACACACACACACACACACACAUACACAUACAUACACACACACACACACACACACACACACACACACACACACACACACACAUGUUCUUAUCAUAGUCUACUCCUUGCUCGGGCAGGCUGCAUUUUCUCUCUAUUCCCAUACAUAGUUAUCGCUGUUCUCACAAUAUCCUGCAAGCCUUUCACUCCCCUUCCCUGUGUGGGGACAUCUGUCUCCUGUUAUUGGUUUCAAUCGUUUUGCACUUCUGCUUGCCUAAUUACAAGACACACAUACUCUGUUGCUGGGCAAAUAUGCAUCUUAUGUAAACACAUUUGAUUAACUCUCUAAGCUCUAGUCUACUAAUUAGUCAUACAUUAUUAGUUUAACUGAGGCUGUGACAUUUUAGUCAUAUCUUACUCACACAUUUCUUUAUCAAAUCCUGAUAGUAAAUAGAGAUGUUUCUUUCACCUUUUCAGUCCAUUAUCCACUGUAAUUACAUACAUUUGCUUUUUAUUUUCUUAUUAAAGGUGAAAUGCCCCUGCACAUGAAAUUAACUACUUUUCAACGUAAUUGAAACUAAAAGGUCAACGUAACUAAAAGGUCACAGAGACCUGCUAUCAAAAUAGAAUGUAAACCCAUAUUUAACUUUGCUCAUUGAUGCACUUUACUUAUGCUAAUGUGACAUGUCAAUGUCCCUUAAAGUAGCAGAUUCUUAGCUUUUUUUGUAUGAUAGGCUAUCUAUUAACCUAACAUAUGGAAAUAUUGUAAGAUAAUAUUAACAUAGACCAUCAAGCUAUUUGAUUUUGUAGGUAUAAAAAUGGGUUUUACAAAUUAUUUGAUGAAACAUUGAAUUUGGCCUUAGAAUAUCUCACAAAUACAUCAAAACUAUGAAAAUAACACAUAUGGAAUCAUGUAGUAACCCAAAAAGUGUUAAACAAAUCAAAAUAUAUUUUAGAUUCUUCAAAGUAGCCACCCUUUGCCUUGAUGACAGCUUUGCACACUCUUGGCAUUCCAUAUUUACAUUUACAUUUUAGUCAUUUAGCAGACGCUCUUAUCCAGAGCGACUUACAGUUAGUGAGUGCAUCAAUUUUUCAUACUGCCCCCCCGUGGGAAAAGAACCCACAACCCUGGCGUUGCAAGCGCCAUGCUCUACCAACUGAGCUACAGGGGGUAUGUGUUAUUUCAUAGUUUUACUGUCUUCACUAUUAUUCUACAAUGUAGAAAAUAGUAAAAAUAAAGAAAAACCCUGGAAUGAGUAGUUCUGUCCAAACGUUUGAAUGGUAUUAUACAUGUACUGUAGGAUAGUUCAGGAAAUCACCAGGGCCGAUCACAAUGCAAUAAUUGUGUAUAAUCUUCUAUGUAGAAAAAACCCUCAUUCACUUCCAUUAAUUUUACUGCACAGUUUUCUUUGCGCAGUUGGGACGUGGCCAACCUUCUAAUGAGUCCUGCGCGGCAAAACAGAUGACACGUUCGUGUUCGUGAGAUUCUAAGCUUUUCAAAAUGGGGUCAUAAUAGUUCUAACUUUACAGAUGUUUUUGUGAGAGAAACCGCUCGGAACAUCCUCCCUCAUCUCACAAACACCACACUAGGUCAACCCCCAUCUACCAGUCUAGGUCAGCCCCCAUCUACCAGUCUAGGUCAGCCCCCAUCCACCACACUAGGUCAGCCCCCAUCUACCAGUCUAGGUCAGCCCCCAUCUACCAGUCUAGGUCAGCCCCCAUCCACCACACUAGGUCAGCCCCCAUCUACCAGUCUAGGUCAGCCCCCAUCUACCAGUCUAGGUCAGCCCCCAUCCACCACACUAGGUCAGCCCCCAUCUACCAGUCUAGGUCAACCCCCAUCUACCAGUCUAGGUCAGCCACCAUCCACCACACUAGGUCAGCCCCCAUCUACCAGUCUAGGUCAGCCCCCAUCUACCAGUCUAGGUCAGCCCCCAUCCACCACACUAGGUCAGCCCCCAUCUACCAGUCUAGGUCAGCCCCCAUCUACCAGUCUAGGUCAGCCCCCAUCCACCACACUAGGUCAGCCCCCAUCUACCAGUCUAGGUCAGCCUCCAUCUACCAGUCUAGGUCAGCCCCCAUCUACCAGUCUAGGUCAGCCCCCAUCUACCAGUCUAGGUCAGCCCCCAUCCACCACACUAGGUCAGCCCCCAUCUACCAGUCUAGGUCAGCCCCCAUCUACCAGUCUAGGUCAGCCCCCAUCUACCAGUCUAGGUCAGCCCCCCAUCUACCAGUCUAGGUCAGCCCCCAUCUACCAGUCUAGGUCAGCCCCCAUCUACCAGUCUAGGUCAGCCCCCAUCUACCAGUCUAGGUCAGCCCCCAUCUACCAGUCUAGGUCAGCCCCCAUCUACCAGUCUAGGUCAGCCCCCAUCUACCAGUCUAGGUCAGCCCCCAUCCACCAGUCUAGGUCAGCCCCCAUCUACCAGUCUAGGUCAGCCCCCAUCUACCAGUCUAGGUCAGCCCCCAUCUACCAGUCUAGGUCAGCCCCCAUCUACCAGUCUAGGUCAGCCCCCAUCUACCAGUCUAGGUCAGCCCCAUCUACCAGUCUAGGUCAGCCCCCAUCUACCAGUCUAGGUCAGCCCCCAUCUAACCAGUCUAGGUCAGCCCCCAUCUCCACAGCUAGGUCAGCCCCCAUCUACCAGUCUAGGUCAGCCCCCAUCUACCAGUCUAGGUCAGCCCCCAUCUACCAGUCUAGGUCAGCCCCCAUCCACCACACUAGGUCAGCCCCCCAUCUACCAGUCUAGGUCAAGCCCCCAUCUACCAGUCUAGGUCAGCCCCCAUCCACCCACUAGGUCAGCCCCCAUCUACCGUCUAGGUCAGCCCCCAUCUACCAGUCUAGGUCAGCCCCCAUCUACCAGUCUAGGUCAGCCCCCAUCCACCAGUCUAGGUCAGCCCCCAUCCACCAGUCUAGGUCAGCCCCCAUCUACCAGUCUAGGUCAGCCCCCAUCCACCACACUAGGUCAGCCCCCCAUCUACCAGUCUAGGUCAGCCCCCCAUCUACCAGUCUAGGUCAGCCCCCAUCUACCAGUCUAGGUCAGCCCCCAUCUACCAGUCUAGGUCAGCCCCCAACUACCAGUCUAGGUCAGCCCCAUCUACCAGUCUAGGUCAGCCCCCAUCUACCAGUCUAGGUCAGCCCCCCAUCUACCAGUCUAGGUCAGCCCCCAUCUACCAGUCUAGGUCAGCCCCCAUCUACCAGUCUAGGUCAGCCCCCAUCUACCAGUCUAGGUCAGCCCCCAUCUACCAGUCUAGGUCAGCCCCCAUCUACCAGUCUAGGUCAGCCCCCUCUACCAGUCUAGGUCAGCCCCCAUCUACCAGUCUAGGUCAGCCCCCAUCUACCAGUCUAGGUCAGCCCCCAUCUACCAGUCUAGGUCAGCCCCCAUCUACCAGUCUAGGUCAGCCCCCAUCCACCACACUAGGUCAGCCCCCAUCUACCAGUCUAGGUCAGCCCCCAUCUACCAGUCUAGGUCAGCCCCCAUCUACCAGUCUAGGUCAGCCCCCAUCCACCACACUAGGUCAGCCCCCAUCUACCAGUCUAGGUCAGCCCCCAUCUACCAGUCUAGGUCAGCCCCCAUCCACCACACUAGGUCAGCCCCCAUCUACCAGUCUAGGUCAGCCCCCAUCUACCAGUCUAGGUCAGCCCCCAUCUACCAGUCUAGGUCAGCCCCCAUCUACCAGUCUAGGUCAGCCCCCAUCUACCAGUCUAGGUCAGCCCCCAUCCACCAGUCUAGGUCAGCCCCCAUCCACCAGUCUAGGUCAGCCCCCAUCUACCAGUCUAGGUCAGCCCCCAUCCCCACAUAGGUCAGCCCCCAUCUACCAGUCUAGGUCAGCCCCCAUCUACCAGUCUAGGUCAGCCCCCAUCUACCAGUCUAGGUCAGCCCCCAUCUACCAGUCUAGGUCAGCCCCCAACUACCAGUCUAGGUCAGCCCCCAUCUACCAGUCUAGGUCAGGCCCCCAUCUACCAGUUAGGUCAGCCCCCAUCUACCAGUCUAGGUCAGCCCCCCCAUCUACCAUUCUAGGUCAGCCCCCAUCUACCAGUCUAGGUCAGCCCCCAUCUACCAGUCUAGGUCAGCCCCCAAUCUACCAGUCUAGGUCAGCCCCCAUCUACCAGUCUAUAGGUCAGGCCCCCCUCUACCAGUCUAGGUCAGCCCCCAUCUACCAGUCUAGGUCAGCCCCCCAUCUACCAGUCUAGGUCAGCCCCAUCUACCAGUCUAGGUUCAGCCCCCAUCUACCAGUCUAGGUCAGCCCCCAUUCUACCAGUCUAGGUCAGCCCCCCAUCUACCAGUCUAGGUCAGCCCCCAUCUACCAGUCUAGGUCAGCCCCCAUCUACCAGUCUAGGUCAGCCCCCAUCUCACCAGUCUAGGUCAGCCCCCAUCUACCAGUCUAGGUCAGCCCCCAUCACCAGUCUAGGUCAGCCCCCCAUCCACCACACUAGGUCAGGCCCCCCAUCUACCAGUCUAGGUCAGCCCCCAUCUACCAGUCUAGGUCAGCCCCCAUCUACCAGUCUAGGUCAGCCCCCAUCUACCAGUCUAGGUCAGCCCCCAUCACACCCACAACUAGGUCAAGGCCCCAUCCACCAGUCUAGGUCAGCCCCCCAAUCUACCAGUCUAGGUCAGCCCCCAUCUACCAGUCUAGGUCAAGCCCCCAUCUACCAGUCUAGGUCAGCCCCCAUCUACCUGUAUAUGGUCAGCCCCCAUUACCAGUCUAGGUCAGCCCCAUCUACCAGUCUAGGUCAGCACCCAUCUACCAGUCUAGGUCCGCCCACCAUCACCAGUCUAGGUCAGCCCCCCAUACUACCAGUCUAGGUCAGCCCCCAUACUACCAGUCUAGGUCAGCCCCCCAUCUACCAGUCUAGGUCAGCCCCCAUCUAACCAGUCUAGGUCAGCCCCCCAUCCACCACACUAGGUAGCCCCCAUCCACUCAGUCUAGGUCAGCCCCCAUCUACCAGUCUAGGUCAGCCCCCAUCUACCAGUCUAGGUCAGCCCCCAUCUACCAUGUCUAGUCAGCCCCCAUCUACCAGUCUAGGUCAGCCCCCAUCUACCAGUCUAGGUCAGCCCCCAUCUACCAGUCUAGGUCAGCCCCCAUCCACCAGUCUAGGUCAGCCCCCAUCUACCAGUCUAGUCAGCCCCCAUCUACCAGUCUAGGUCAGCCCCCAUCUACCAGUCUAGGUCAGCCCCCCCAUCUAGACCCAGUCUAGGUCAGCCCCCAUCUACCAGUCUAGGUCAGCCCCCAUCUACCAGUCUAGGUCAGCCCCCAUCUACCAGUCUAGGUCAGCCCCCAUCUACCUGUCUAUGUCAGCCCCCAUCUACCAGUCUAGGUCAGCCCCCAUCUACCAGUCUAGGUCAGCCCCCAUCUACCAGUCUAGGUCAGCCCCCAUCUACCAGUCUAGGUCAGCCCCUUCUCAGGUACCCCCAUCUACCAGUCUAGGUCAGCCCCCAUCUACCAGUCUAGGUCAGCCCCCAUCUACCAGUCUAGGUCAGCCCCCAUCUACCAGUCUAGGUCAGCCCCCAUCUACCUGUCUAUGUCAGCCCCCAUCUACCAGUCUAGGUCCAGCCCCCAUCUACCAGUCCUAGGUCAGCCCCCAUCUUACCAGUCUAGGUCAGGCCCCCAUCCACCAGUCUAGGGUCAGCCCCCAAUCUACCAGUCUAGGUCAGCCCCCAUCUACCAGUCUAGGUCAGCCCCCAUCUACCUGUCUAGUCAGCCCCCAUCUACCAGUCUAGGUCAGCCCCCAUCUACCAGUCUAGGUCAGCCCCCAUCUACCAGUCUAGGUCAGCCCCCCAUCUACCAGUCUAGGUCAGCCCCCAUCUACCAGUCUAGGUCAGUCCCCAUCUACCAGUCUAGGUCAGCCCCCAUCUACCAGUCUAGGUCAGCCCCCAUCUACCAGUCUAGGUCAGCCCCCAUCUACCAGUCUAGGUUCAGCCCCCAUCUACCAGUCUAGGUCCGCCCCCCAUCUACCAGUCUAGGUCAGCCCCCCCAGGUCUAGGUCAGCCCCCAUCUACCAGUCUAGGUCAGCCCCCCAUCUACCAGUCUAGGUCAGCCCCCCCAUCUACCAGUCUGGUAGCCCCAUCUACCAGUCUAGGUCAGCCCCCAUCUACCCAGUCUAGGUCAGCCCCCAUCUACCAGUCUAGGUCAGCCCCCAUCUACCAGUCUAGGUCAGCCCCCCAUCUACCAGUCUAGGUCAGCCCCCCAUCUACCCAGUCUAGGCAGCCCCCCAUCCACCAGUCUAGGUCAGCCCCCAUCUACCAGUUAGGUCAGCCCCCAUCACCAGUCUAGGUCAGCCCCCCAUCUACCAGUCUAGGUCAAGCCCCCAUAUCUACCAGUCUAGGUCAGCCCCCCAUCUACCAGUCUAGGUCAGCCCCCAUCUACCAGUCUAGGUCAGCCCCCAUCUACCAGUCUAGGUCAGCCCCCAUCUACCCCAUAUGGAGGCUAUCAGCGGAUUCAGUGAAUUCAGUGGAUUCAGUGGAUUGAGACGAAUCCAAUGCAAUUACCCAGAAGUCUCAAACACACAGCUCUAGGGGGAUCAUGACACUUCUAGAAUACCUGAGAUUGUUUACAUUGCAGUAGAGGUUUGAUUGAAUCAUUCUGAAUAACUCUGUUGAUGUUUUUUUAUAGCACAAUGACUUUUAUAGAGAUUGUUGUCGAGAUUUGAUUGAAUGCUAUCUUGAUGUAUCAUUAUUAUAUCAUAAUGAGACUUCGAGCGACUUCUCAGGAUUUCAUUGUGACUGCGGUAGCUCCUAAGAGAAGGAUACAGUGACAGAGCCAACCUAAUUAUACUGUAUGUCUCUCCAUUAAUAUCGGAAUCCUCUUAUCGGAAUGAUUUCCUUUGACAAGAUAGCAGAGUGAAAUAGAGGCAGAACGCACCUUUUAAUGAACCAUUUGUGAUGGUGUGAUAGAUCAGAUCUGAAGGGACAGACUCUCUCCUCGGAGUCUGUCUGCCAAAUGUAUCUCUUUCUCUCCCCAUCACUCACUUUCUCUCUCUCUCUCUCGCUCUCUCUCUCCUCUCUCUCGCUCUCUCUCUCUCCCCUCUCUCUCGCUCCUCUCUCUCUCCUCCCUCACUCUCUCUCUCUGCUCUCUCUCUUCUUUCUCUCUCUCUCUCUCUCUCCAUGCGUGUCAUCUGAGCUGAUGGUUUUGGCUCUGUCACCCUCUCUGCUUAGUUCAGGCAGACAGCCGAGUGCGAGCCAAAGACACAAAUGAAAUAAAAGCUGUUAUGUCUCAAAGGCUCUUGUGACACUAAAGAGUAAUUUGAGAUAAAUGUUGUAUUGUGAAUUUGGAUAUUGGAGUUAAGUGUGAAUGAGAGAUUUUCUCUCUCUCUGUCAGGGUCUCUGUCAAUUUCUUUGACUCUUUUCUUCCUUCCUCUCCUCCUGUUUUUGCUUAAUCCGGCAAGAGUGAAAUGGGGGAGUUGAAUUGAAAGAGUGAGGCGGAGUCUAUUGGUGAAACAGCUAGACAUUGGAUUUACUCAAAGUGUGCACCUGGUGUUUUUUAACACAUAGAGUGGAAGAUAAAACGGUAUGGUUCUCUUCAUAGAAGACCAUGAAGAGUAAAUAAAAAUGGUUUCACAUUGUUGUCUUUUAUUCUCCCCGUGGAAAACAGCAGGUGCACACACUGAGUGAAUCUGGCUUGUGUUCUUAUCUCUGUCUAAUAAGUUGAUACAGUAACAAAGACAGUGUGAUUGUGUGGUUGGGUUGGACAGAAACAGUAAAAAUAAUAAUUAAGAAUCUUAAUAUGGACAAGUGUUUGUUUCAUGUAACCCUCUUGGACCUGAAAUCAAAUCCAGGGUGGUGAUAUUCGGAAAGUAUUCGGACCCCUUGACUUUUUCCACAUUUUAUUAGGUUUAAGCCUUAUUCUAAAAUUUGAUUAAUUUUUUUUUUCUUCUCCCCCCUCAUCAAUCUACACACAAUACCCCAUAAUGACAAAGCAAAAACUGUUUUUUAUAAAUGUUUGACGCUUGGCAUUCAGGCCAAAGAGUUCAGUCUUGGUUUCAUCAGACCAGAGAAUCUUGUUUCUCAUGGUCUGAGAGUCCUUUAGGUGCCUUUUGCCAAGCUCCAAGCGGGCUGUCAUGUGCCUUUUACUGAGGAGUGGCUUCUGUCUGGCCGCUCCACCAGAAAGGCUGAAGAGAUGGUUGUCCUUCUGGAAGGUUCUUCCAUCUCCACAGACAAACCCUAGAGCUCUGUCAGAGUGACCAAGGCCCUUCUCCCUGACCAAGGCCCUUCUCCCUGACCAAGGCCCUUCUCCCUGACCAUGGCCCUUCUCCCUGACCAAGGCCCUUCUCCCUGACCAAGGCCCUUCUCCCUGACCAAGGCCCUUCUUCCUGACCAAGGCCCUUCUCCCCAUAUUGCUCAGUUUGGCCGGGCGGCCAGCUCUAGGAAGAGUCUUGGUGGUUCCAAACCUCUUCCAUUUAUGAAUGAUGGAGGCCACUGUGUUCUUGUGGAUCUUCAAUACUGCAGAAAUGUUUUGGUACUCUUCCCCAGAUCUGUGCCACGACACAAUCCUCUCUCGGAGUGCUACGGACAAUUCCUUCGACCUCAUGGGUUGGUUUUUGCUCUGACAUGCACUGUCAACUGUGUGACCUUAUAUAGACAGGUGUGUGCCUUUCCAAACCAUGUCCAAUCAUUUGGAUUUACCACAGGUGGACUCCAAUCAAGUUGUAGAAACAUCUCAAGUAUGAUAAAUGGAAACAGGAUGUACCUGAGCUCAAUUUCGAGUCUCAUAGCAAAGGAUCUGAAUACUUAUGUAAAUAAGGUAUUUCUGUUUUUUAUUUUUAAUAAAUGAGCAAACAUUUAUAAAAACCUGUUUUCGCUUUGUCAUUAUGGCGUGUUGUGUGUAGAUUGCUGAGGAAAUUGAUUUAUUUAAUUCAUUUUAGAAUAAGGCUGUAAUGUAACAAAAUGUGGAAAAAGUCAAGGGGUCUGAAUAAUGGCAUAUUAUUAUUAUUAUUACUUUCCGAAGGCACUGUCUUUCUCUCAAUGUCCAUGUAUUUCUGAUCACACAAGUUCAAUUGGCUUUCAUGUUCCUGUCUGGUUCCAGAGACAACAUGGGAGAGACCUUCCAGGGUACCUGGGACACUCAACACCCACUACAGGGAAAAAAGAGAAGCACGACCGAAAGGGAAAGAGAGCCUCUCUCGAGAGAGAGAGCUCUAGAGCGAGAGCAGCGCGAGCGAGCGAGCGAGAGAAGAGAGAGAAGAGAGAGAGAGAGAGAGAGAGAAGAGGAGCGCAAGGAGAGAGAGAGAGAGAGAGAAGAGAGAGAGAGAGAGCGAGAGAGAGAGCGGAGAAGAGAGAGAGAACAAACGAGAGAGAAGAGAGAAGAAGAUAGAGAGGGGCAGAGAAGAACCCAACAAAGAGAGCGAUAGAGAGAUAGAGAGAGAAGAGAGAGAUGAGAAAAAGAGAGAGGAGAGAAGAGAGAGAGAGCGAGACAAGCGUAGAGAGGACAGAGUAGGCGAGCGCAACAAUAAGAGAGGAGAGGAGCAAGAGAGGCGCGACCAACUAUAUCUAUCUAUCUUUCUCUCUCUCUCUUCUAGUAUCACCUAGCUCGAGCGCUCUCUCUAUCUAGUUCGUAGCGCUCUACUCUCUCUAGGCUGAAGAGAUGCGAUCUAUCUUCCUCGCUAUAGCUCUCUCAUAUUCCUCUCUCUCUCUCUCUCUCUCCUCUCCCUCUCGUUAUCGAACGUUUUUCCUUCGCCAGUGUCCUGAGGGUUGUGUAUAGGCCAACCGCUGUGUGGCAGCAUGCAUAGAAUUCCACAGAGGCCUCUGACCAUACACACACACACACGCACACACACACUUCCUGUGGCUAAUUUUAUCUGCGAUCUGGAGUCGUCUGGGUGUACAAUACUCUGCUUUUGGGCUCUCCAAUUUAAUCCAAUCCAAUGACACGUUGAUUUGCUCAGGAUCAUCAGCCAAUGGAGUCUAGUUUCACUAAACACAACAGGGUACCUCAUCUGGACUGCAUAAUCAUUCUCUCCAACACACACACUGACAUGCAGUCCACACACACACAAUGCAAAUAAACACAUGCAAAAAAAUGAUAAAAAAAACAGCAAAACCACACAGGCAGAGCAACCUGCCUAAUAAUAGCUCAUUUCCUGGCUGUGUACCAGAGGACACUCCAGGCUGUCUGGGCUCGGUGCUGUGUUGGUGAGGUGCUAGGUCUCUGGUUUCCAGGAACCACCCUGCUAAAGACAUUUAACAAACAAAAGAUCAAAGUGGCCAUUCUCUGAUAGCUUGGUUUGAGUCAUAAAGAGAAUUUACCCCCGGCUCAGUUAUACAGAGGAGAUUCAAACACACUAUUCCUCUUCUCUCCCUCUCUCUCUCUCUUCUCUCUAUCUCUCUCUCUCUCUCUCUCUUCUAUCUCCUCUCUCUCUUCUCUCUUCUAUCUCUCUCUCUCUCUCUCUCUCUCUAUUUCUCCCAAGCAGUGAAUGGGUUUAACGACAAGUGGCAGGUCCGUUGCAUCAAGAAGACCAUCACACACAUUCAGUCAGUCCAGUUGGUCAAAAACAGCCUAGCUUAGAACCACAGGUAAGACCGGCGCCCGAAGCAAUCAAAUAAGGAGAAAGAAGAAUCCCUAGAAAUCCUGCUGAUCUCCUCUUCUCUCUCUCUCCUCAUUAUCAUAAGCAUCUCUUCUUCCUCCACCUCCUCCUCUUCUCCUUCAUAAUCCGCUACUCCUCAUCUAUUACUCCGAUACUCAUACUCUCUCCAUACUCCUGCCCUAUACCUCCUCUUCUUAGCGCCUCCUCAGAGCUUAACAGCAUCCUCUCGUGGAUCGUUUAGGGGCCUUAACAACCUGAAACCUCAUGAAAUAUUGUAUUCUCUUAACCAGUAUUAGAUUACCCAUUUCUACUAUAUGUUAUUUUCAUAUUACUUAAACCAGCCACCACCAUGGAAGGCAGGCAACGAAAGCAUCAUUUUGCACAGUAGAAGAAGAACAUUGAGCUGACAAAUUCCUUUGCUUGUGUCCUUUAAUCAAACAGUUUUAUACAGAAGCUAUGCCAAUGCAUCCAGGUACAGUAAUAGAUGCAGAGUAGACAGUGCACACAUACGCAUGCAAACACCCCCCCACACAAUCACACACACACACACACACACACAAAAACACCACCAUAUCACAAAUCACCACACACAAACCACACUACCCAGGCGGCUCUCCUGUCUAAGAAAAAAAUCCUUUUUUUUUGUUUUCUAUGUUGUCGUUAGGAGGAGGGUGAGCGGGGUGGUGCAUAACCUACUGAAAGAAACCUUAACCCAUCCCUUCCUCUCAUUCCCUACUUUUCUCCAGCCCUGCCUACACCGCCGGCAGCAAGGAGCGAAGAAAGCAUGAGACCAGUGCGCCGAAGAUCAGUCUCUCCUAAUCUACCUGACAGUUCAGUCCCGAAGGAUAGUACUGCAAAUAAGGAGCGAAAGAAAGAAGGAAGUGCAUAAAGCACUCACGUCAGCUCCUUCCUCCUUCCCUGACUGCUCUCCUUCCCAUCUCUCUCACGUUGCCCUACUGGUCCCUCCUCCCGCCGGUCCAGUCUGCUCUCACUUCCAUCAUUCCUCAUUCCCAUCCUUCUCUACUUCCCGCCUUCUCUCCAGCCCUCCUUCUUCUACAGCCUCCUACUUAAGGUCAGCCCUCAUCCUAUCCGUCUCUCCCUCUCCUCCCCUCAUCUCCCAGCCCUGGGUUCUGUAGUCUGUAGUCAUGGUAUGGAUAGAGUGUUUCUCUCUUUCAUUCUUUCUCGUCUCUCCAUCUCUGUUUCUGGUCUCUACCUUUUUUAUCUACCCUGAGACACCCCGCAGCGCAGGGAGAGCAGACCGCGAACCCAUGCAGCGCAGGGAAAGAGAUAGCGAGUCCCCGGAAGGCGCAGGGAAAGCGACCGCGACCCCAGCAGCGCAGGGAAAGCGACCCACCCACGCAGCCCAGGGAAAGCGACCCCCGCAGCGCAGGAAAGCAAACCGCGACCCCGCAGCGCAGGGAAAAGCGAAGCCACCCCCAACGCAGGGAAAGGGCCCCCCACGCAGGAAAGCGACCGCGACCCCCGCAGGGAAGGGAAAGCGACCCACACCCCCAGCCGGGGAAACGACACCACCCCCCAUCUCGGGGAAAAGAACAGCGACCCCCCACCAGGGAAUCACCCCCACCAAAAGCGACCCACCCCCCACGAGGAAAUCACCGGACCCCAACCAGUGA